CCGGAAUAAAGUUCUUUCUUUCGCCUUAAAUUUCGCCUGGCGUAUGUCUGACUCCCCAGUCAUACUUGCAUCUUAAUUUUUAUGGCAUUAAUUGGCGACUGCAGCAGGACCCGAAACUAUAACUUUGGUGAGAUUCUCAUAGCCUUCCGUGGCCAAGCGAGGUCUCUUGUGCCUUAUUUUUGAAAGGCUCCUGGGAUCUGAGUAGAGCAGCGCGAGAACAAAAGCAGUCAGAAGUCGAUUUAAGGGAUUACGGCAAAAGAGGGAAACAAACAAACCAAUGAAAAAGAGGGAGGGAAGCUGGCUCCCAGUCGACCGAUGGUUCUGAGGUGCUCUGGAGCUCCUGUAUUUGCUCCAUAGGUACAUCUUGGGGAAUCGGCCCUCUCAGUUGAACCAUCCAGUAUAUGAUAAGCAACCUGAAGACUGGUUGCUAGUGAAGACUUGGAACUGUUAGCUCCAUGCUGGAGAGAGCCCUUCCAGGUGCUGCUUACCACUCUAAGUGGAAAGCUGCAGAAUGUUAAGACUUGGAUCCAUCACAACUGCAUGGAGAAGGUUGAACCCUUUGGAGAAGACUCACAGACAAGGUCAGGUACUUCAUCUGACCCAGAAGAAGAUGACAGCAAGGCAGCCAAGGCCUUAGCAACUGGAGAGGACAGGAAGAAGUACCCAGAAGAAAAGUGGCUUUCAAAGACCUGUUUGGAUCUUAGCCUGAAGCUGAAACUGAACAGACAAUUGUAGAUAAUCCAGGAGAGCUGCCUUCCAUAGGGAAAGCAACAACCCUUUGGACUGUGCAAGAAUUUGGUUGAAUGUAAUUAUAGUUUGUGUGGCUUUAAAAAGCAUUACUAUAGCAGCUCUUCCAAGAGGGGGCAUAAAUAACCAGAAAGCAUGACAUAGAAGAUACGUUAAGCACGUACCCCGUGUUGGGCUGGAAUCUGUGAAAAUGUACCACCUUCUACAACGAUGCUCCUUACAGAUUCCUUCCAAGAUACUGCACUUUCAAAGACUUUCACAGCCUGGAAGGUGUAAGGUUGUCCACUAUCUUCUCCCUAUAGAGUGUGGCCAAGUUGCCCUGCCAAAAUUAGAGUGGUUAAAGCAAACAUCUGGCACAAUAAUCAAGGCCCAGUAUUUUCAUUCUUCUUGCUGUAGAUGGAAGAAGCAGAAAAAGCCUGAAGAACCUGAGCCACGCCAGCUGGGUUUGGUGCGAUAUGACAUGCCAUCACUUAAGGAUUCUCCAAAGCCUGCCCUCUAUUUAAGCUUUGCAGGAUUAAUUCCAUUUGUUUCAAUCCCAUUGUUAAUGGUUAUCAAUGAAGUAUUUUACUCAGAGUUGGUGUUUGCUCAUAUUGCAUAUGGUGCCUGUAUAGUAUCCUUCCUAGGAGGUAUCAGGUGGGGAUUUGCUCUUCCUGAAGGCAGUCCUGCCAAACCUGAUUGGAUUAAUUUGGCUAACAGUGUUGUUUCUCCAUUCUUGGCCUGGCUUGCCUUGCUUUUUUACCAAGAUCCCACUCAAGCUGCAGCAAUGGUUAUAAUUGGCUUAGGGAUAGCCCUGCAUUAUGACCUGGCCCUCCUUCCCACCUAUCCCAGCUGGUUUAAAGCCUUGAGAACAGUCUUAACUGUAGUGGCUGCAGGUUCUCUGUUCACCAUAAUAUUUAUUGUAAACAACUAUCCAGAGAAAUCUUUAAGUAAAAUUGUAAGUGAAAUGAAGCAAUUGAAAUAAUAGCAAUCCCUACCAAAGGGGUUCUCUCCUGAAUAAGAUUUACACUAAUGUCUUGCAUGAAAAUGCACUGUAAUUCCUCCAGGAAGACUGCUGAGAAAGAAAAUUGCAGCUUAAUCAUCUGUUUAAGAACUUGUUAGUAGUUUUGGGCUUAAUAAGAACAAGUUGGUGGAGAUGAUAGGUGCUGAAGGUCUAAAGCUUUACACAUUGAUUACAUAUAUGGUUUUUCUGUAAUUUGGAAAAGAGUUUAUGCAUUUAAAGGCAGAAUUCUUUUGUUUCUAUGUACAAAAAAUGUUUAUGUACUUAUUUGCAUGCUAAACCAGAAAUUGGAUAUGUGGGGGCUUCCUCUUCCCUUGCUUCAUGAUAAUGUGAAAUGCUACUUGAAAGCAUUGAAUAUUGAAAAAACAUCAGAAAUUGUCCAGUUUGAUACAGCAGUUGUUCAAUUACGUUAUUGCAGUAUUAAAUGGCUAUGGGCAACUA